AAAAAAAAAUUCUACCUACGCCCCUGGCAUCGCUGGUGUGGCGACGCAUAUAGCUUCAGGCAUAGCUCACAGUUAGGCAGGCAGCUGACACUAGGCAGGGUAGCUUGAUAGCCGUCCUCUUUCGAUUUCGUCAGGGACAUUUGCCUGUUCCGAAUGUCGUUGCGACCUUGACCACUAUUUCGUAAUUAGGUAUUUCGCGCGCGAUACGAGUUGAAGUGAGGUGCGGUUUUCUGUUAAGCGAAAUGUGGUUUCGAGGAAGCAAACAGCGUUCGGAAUUGCCUCGUUAGCUCGAUAGCUUUGUUAGUGCUGCUGAACUCCUUCGGGCUGCAGGUCAGCGCUUCCUGCUGCAGCCAAUGUGAGUGGCCGUCAACCUUGUUGCACUUCAUGUGCGUGUGCGGGUAGUCUUUUCGCCCAUUACUGUGGUGCUCACAUAUCGCACACUUGGUUGAACGCGCCGCUCGCUUUGGUCGAGUUCUUGGAACACGGCCCACGCACGCGUGCGAACCUCGUCACGGUGAGUAUACCAGUUGUUCCUACGGAAGUAUUCUAAAGUGUGUUUGUUGAACGUUUCAGAUGCCUUGUACCUGUGGGCUGCCAUACAUCGACGUGUGACCACGGCAGUCAUCCGAGCACCAGCACAUGAAUCCAUCGUUGCGGCGAGUAUCAUCCCAACAACAGAGUGGCGAGGUUGCAGUUAGUUUUGGUGUCUAAUCAGAGCCCCCAGUUUUGGUGGCCGGCUGUUGCAGCCAUAUUGGGUCUUCUCCUUGACGGAAUCGAAGAGGACGGGGUACGGGUGGGGGGCGCGCCGCAUAGAGGUUCAGCCUUAGCGAACAUGAUAGGCAGGAUAUGACAGGUGUCCUCUUUCGAUUUCGUCGGGAACAUUGAACCCGUUCCGCAUGUCUUUUGUGAAGCGACCACUAUUUCGUGUCGAGUAGCCCGCGUGCGAUAGUGCGCUCGAGCGAAAUGUGGUUUCGCGGAAGCAAACGGCAUUCGGAAUUGCCUCGCCAGCUUUUGAUUAACCGUACUGUAGAACGUGGCGUUCACCUUACAGCGCGGUUUCAUUCGUUAUUGCUGCUUUUCCUGGUCGCUGUGUUUCUCAUGAUACCGCUUAUUCACGGUGUUAUGCUUACCAUGCAGUUUUAAGGUUUACUUUCAGGCUUUUCUUCGAGUCCCGCCGACCUUCCAGGAGGAGUCCAUGGAGCGCCGCACAUUAUUCUGGACAUACACCUAUUCAGAUACACCAGGGCAGGCGGAUGUCCCGUUCCUGAACGAGCUGUGCAUCGAAGGCAGUCCAGUCCCAGUCCACGGUGGAGAUGACGUUGAACACCACCCUUCCUGUGGCAGUGUCGGCAGCACUUCCACAUUCAACCGCCGAUACUCCUGUCAGCAGGAGGGACUUCAAUAAGCGCCAUAUGCUUUUCUGCGUCUGUCUUCCGCUGCUACCCGGGACAUGGAGCUGGCUCCUGCAGAUUGGGUCCAAUGUGUACGUUCUUGAGGUCCCCGGGGCAGCACACAUCACAUUACAGAACUUACUGCCACCUUCGCACUGCUUCGCUGAUGGCGUCAUCGAGGGAGACUGCACAUCGCUUCUACUCGUGAAAUUUUGUGCUUCCCAGAGUCCAUGGCUACCUGUGACAAAGACAUGGAGCUGGCUCCAGCAGAUUGGUUCUAACGCCAACGUUCCUGUGGUCCUCGGGGCACCACUCGUCGUAUGGCCGAACUUAUUGCCACCUUCGCACUGCUUCACUGACGGCGACAUCCAGGGAGAUGAGACGUGGCCACUACCUUUGCAGACGGCUCCCAGCGUGUUCUGGCGUGUGGCGCGCUACAGAAGAUUGGUCCAGCCCGCUCAUUGACAUCAGUAACGUCCGUGGCAUUUGCUGUGUCCAGCCUGACUGUGUCCAGCCUGACCGUUCUACUGGGGACUCUGGACCAGUCAAAUCUUCGUACGUUUCCAAGACUUUGUUGGUGUCCUGCACUGUCUUCACUGCGUGUGGGUGUUCUCCGCAAAGACUGCAGUCGCCGUCGCUCGAUCACCGACCAGAUGAUGUGCUGCACUUGUGUCAACAGUUCAGUGUAGCAACCCACCCCACGUUGAGAGCUGCGCUUCGCUCAGCCAACGGCUGGGGCAUCUAGCAGUUUCAAUACCAACCCAAAGAACUGUCAUAAGCACUGAGCUGAUCUGUAAAUGUUUGGCGGUGAGGGUAAGGACAUUUACAUUGUGCGCUUUUGUAGCAAUGCAUAGAUUGUGCCUGUUCAUGCGCAUUUUCAUUUGCUCACAUCGCCCAUGUCAGCAGCUAACCUCUGAUCGUAUCGUUAGGUCGUGAAUAGAUCGAACUUGUUUCAACGGGGUUCGGUGCACAUCGUGGUUUUCACACUUGUCAUUGUCGCUGGUAACGACCAUAACCCGUUGCUAGUUCAGUGGCGAAUCGCAUCGACUUUUCCUUCCGGCCAUACUAGCUGUGAUAGGGCGCCGAAGUGAUCGUUCGCUAUCGUUCAUUGACAUCCACUUUGGAAACAAUUCAGGCAUUUGGCCAACUUCCCUCUCUUCCCGUCCACUUCUUCCACCUCCUUCACCUCUUUGACUUUAGCUCUAUAUUGGUUAAUCACGGGGCGUUCUCAUUCAUUGAUUUGUUCAAAAUUCA